AUCGGCUACUCGGGCCUGCCUCCUCGCCGCCGCGCGCAAAUUGGUCCAAGUAUGGGCCUGGGUUCCGCGCGCCCGGGUGAUGCUCUCAGGGCUUCUUCCGCGUUGGGCCCUUUCGCUUUCGCUCUCCCGAGCGCGGGCCACCUUCUUUUUGCUCACUCUGUCUACUCCUUCCACGUCUGGGUUGUUUUUCCCUUGUCCUUGCGUCCGCAUGUCGUCGGGACGCCUCACGCAGGAGUGCUGUUCCAGCGAAGCCCCCGCUGGUGGCUUUCCAACCCUGCCGCCAUGCACGGGGUCGUAAUCCCCCAAACGCCUAUCGCUGUGGACUUUUGGAGCCUGCGCCGCGCUGGCACCGCGCGGCUCUUCUUCUUAUCCCACAUGCACUCCGACCACACGGUGGGCCUGUCUAGCACUUGGGCACGGCCCCUCUACUGCUCCCCAAUCACUGCCCACCUCCUGCAUCGUCACCUACAGGUGUCUAAGCAGUGGAUCCGAGCUCUGGAGAUUGGUGAGAGCCAUGUAUUGCCUCUAGACGAAAUUGGGCAAGAAACCAUGACUGUAACCCUUAUAGAUGCCAAUCACUGCCCCGGUUCUGUCAUGUUUCUCUUUGAAGGAUACUUUGGAACAAUUCUCUACACAGGUGAUUUUCGAUUUACACCAUCCAUGCUGAAGGAGCCUGCCCUGAUCCUGGGGAAACAGAUUCAUACUUUAUAUCUAGACAACACCAAUUGCAAUCCAGCCCUGGUUCUUCCUUCCCGACAAGAAGCUACUCGGCAGAUUGUCCAGCUCAUUAGACAGUUCCCACAGCAUCACGUAAAGAUUGGACUCUACAGCCUAGGAAAGGAAGUGCUGCUAGAGCAACUCGCCCUUGAGUUUCGGACCUGGGUGGUGUUGAGUCCUCAACGCCUGGAGGUGGUGCAGCUGCUGGGCCUCGCAGAUGUGUUCACAGUCCAGGAAAAAGAUGGGCGCAUCCACGCUGUAGACCGUAUGGAGAUCUGCCAUUCUGCCAUGCUUCGGUGGAACCGGACUCACCCUACCAUUGCUAUCCUCCCCACCAGCCGGAAGAUACGAAGCCCUCACCCCGACAUCCACACCAUCCCUUACUCUGACCAUUCAUCUUACUCUGAGCUUCGGGCUUUUGUUGCAGCUCUGAGGCCCUGCCGGGUGGUGCCCAUUGUUCGCCAACAUCCUUGUGGAGAGUUCUUUCAGGACAGCUUGAGUCCCCGGCUCUCUAUCCCCCUGAUCCCACACUCUGUGCAGCAGUCCAUGUGCUCCUCCUCUAGGGAAACAAGCGUGCUUUGGCAGUUAGAAAGGAGACUAAAGAGGCCCAGAAUCCGGGGUGUUGUGUUUGAAUCCCCUGAGGAAAAAGCUGAGCAGGCUAAAGUUGACAGAGACUCAAAGAAGCACAAGAAAGAAAACCUCUCUCCCUGGCCUGGGGACCUUGAGAAGCUCUGCCCCCAUCCUCUGCAGGCCAGGAAGCAGUUGUUCCUGGACUUCUGCAGGAAAGAACGCCAUGAGCCAGUCCUUUUUCGUGACUCUGAGAAGAUGGCGACUGUGUUGCCUGCCCCCUUGGAAUUUUCAGUGCAAUUACAGCCUGUGGAUGAGUUUCUCUCUCCAGAAACCAGGGAGGAAAUUGACCUAGGGUCUCCCAUGAUACCUAGGGGAGGCAGUGGCUCACCAGCUAGGGGGAACCAAAGUGACUGGGUAGGCUCUGGCUCUCCCCUGUCUCACAUUAGCAAAGACACUCAUCUGGCCACUGAGUCCAGGGAACUGGCACUAAAAUACCUUCUUACUCCAGUGAGUUUCUUCCAAACAGGGUUCUCUUCCAGGAACUUUGACCAGCAAGUGGAAAAAUACCAGAAGAGUACAGUAUAACAAUCCUGUUGGAUCAGCACUGCAGUUUUGAAAACAGUGGAUGGUGGCUAGUGGCAAAAGUUUGUUUGGUGCCUUCUGUUACAGAGUCCUGUGGCUCACCCUGGAGUAGCUCUUCUGAAGCUUGUUUAUGGAGUUCUGGUGCCUAUGAAACCCUUAGCUUUAUAGAUGACUAUUUUAUUAUUAUUAUUAUUAUUUUUAGUAGAAAAAGUAGAAUCUGACUCAAAAAAGAACCAGGUUUGUCCCAUGUGUCUUAUUCCUCAAGUCCCCUUCAUUCUCUUCUUAGAUAAAAAGUCCUUAGGUUAUUUAUUUUCAAAUUGUGAAUCAUGGUGCUGGAGGAUAAAGUGGUAUCCCAGGCUUUAUGUUCUAAUCCUGAAUGUCACUGACUUGCUGUGACCCUGUCCAGGUAACUUCCUGUCUCUGCCUCAGGGAGGGAACAGGAAACCAUGAAGAGGCCUUGAAACUAUUGAGAAAAUAACCCCUUCCUCCUUCAUGAAAGGGGCCAGUAACAGUCAUGAGAGAUCCAUUUGGAACAAAGCCAUUGAGGGUUAGGGACCCCGCAACCAAGUUGGUACAUGCAGUAAGCUGAACAUUAAGGCUUAGAAUAUGUCUGAGCUACUGGAUGCUUGGAGACAUUACUUUGUUAAAAUAAAGCUAUAAAAGAAAAAUGUGCUGCCAGAUAUUCCUCUGAUUGUUCACAUAGCUGGGAUUUUCGCCCCACCCCCACCAAUUUGAGUUAGGAAGCCAGAGCACAGAGCUUGUUUGUUUUAGUAUCCAGGGGAGAGACCAAGGAGCCAGCUGGCUGGAACAGGUCAGAGUGUGCAGUUUAUGCUGCCCUGCUCAUAACCUAACAAAAUGCCAAACCAGUAAGCAAGCCAGCUGAUAGCAAGGCCCUGAAGAAAUGUGCUCAGGGAGGACACAGGCAAAGAGCUGGGCAUAGGGCAAAGCAGCUUCAAUGUGAACCUUGGGCCUUAGCAAUGAGGAAGACUGUCUCUUACCCUUGGGAAGGAAAAGUGAGGUUUAGUACUUGGUGCUGUACCUGUCAGUGACCUUCCUAUAAACCUUUGAGGGCCUCACAGAAGCUGCAGCAGGUGAGGCGUGGUACAGUAGGAAACCUGGACAUUGCUGGAAUCUAGGGCACCUGACAAUUCGUUUAAAUAGAGGAACCUUACUCAGCUGUAAAGUGGAGCUGAGAUGCUUAUCUCCCAUGAUUGCUAUGCAGAUUAAAUUAUUGGUGAAAUUCC